AUAAUUGCGUUGUUUACAGAAAGCCCGACAUAGACACAUGAAUCUGGACAAUUUGGAUAAAGCUUUGCACGACUUGGGCAUGUUGAGCGCGAUAACGGAAGCGCGGCGCGAGUUUCUGCGAGAGAAUCGAUCAAACCUGAAUGUAAUGCGCCUCAAUACGCGCUACGUGUCCAACGUCACCGUGGGAUAUUGCAUGAAGAGGACCACAACUAAAAACAGGUUGUGUCCUUAUGUUCUACCCAUACGCCACAGAACUAAGAGUGAAAACUCUGAUGUGGUGGGCGGCGAAGCAAGCGAUGCAUGCGAAUUUAAGAGCAGUAUAUUUGAACCCUCUACAAGCAACUGCACUAGUAUGUGCGAGGGUAAAAGCCCUGCGAAGCGUUGCCAGUCCCUGGAAAAUCUUAACCUUUCUGUGGACCCGCCGCCUGGACCUGAAAUAUCACCUGACAUGGACUGUGUGUCAAGUCGGAUCCAAAAAUUGCAAGUUGAUGAAUGACAUGGCCAGUCUGCAAUCAACAACUAAGCAUCUGUAAGUAUACAUCAUAAGAGUGCAUCGGCGGCCGUUGUAACAAGUAUUCAAGUGAUGGAUGUUAAGUAAUUAUACUUUUCAGUGUAUUUAUACCAAUGAUAGUAUGGUUAAUAUGUGUAGAUGAGUUGAUGUAUGUUCCUAGCUCUUUGAUGUUAAUUUUGCAUGUAACCCAUCUCAUUGAUCGAUAAUCUCAAUUCACUAAACAGUAAGUGUUGCUCAAGAUAUUUUGCAAUGGGUACAAAUUGUAAGAAUUAUAGAUAAUUAUUUUGUAUCGUGUUUAGGUAUUAAUUGUUCUAAAAGUUGUAAAGUUUGUUGAACAAUGUGAAUUUUUUUAGUUGUACGGUCACUUUGAAAGUACCAUUUAAAGUUUUAAGAACAAAUUUAUUGUUUCCUCUAAGUCACAGAUGCACAAUUCUGCCGCCGGUUAUUGAAUGGGCGCAUGUGACAAAAAUUCAAAACUGAGAAAACAAUGUUUAAAGAAAUUAAAUUAAAUAAAUAUCUACUUUAAUCUUGCAGUAACUUUGUACAAAGUACUGACAGAUUGGCAUAUUUUUUAAUGAUUACGGCAGUAUACAUAAGAACAUUUUUUAUAAAAUGUCUCAUGCACCCUUUCAACUAACGGUGGCAAAAUUAUGGCACUUAACAUGAGCAAUGCAGGGAAUGUGGACAGCUACAUGGUAUCAAAGUGAUGUUGCAAUCAUUAACACAUUGUAUGAAAGUGUAUGGCCACUUUGAUCCCCAUACAUUAUCAUUCAAAGUGAAACUGAGUCAACAUAAUAUGAAGUAUAGAUCUGCAACAUGGGACGCUGUGGAUGGGCAUAGUACACUUCAGCCAUUAAAAGUUGUUUGUAAAAUGGGGUCAUGUGUUUACAAGAUAUAAAGGUUGUUCUGAAGAGAUGUAACACUCUUAAAAUUGUAAUUAUUGUAUUAUAAGACUGUGCAUAGAUCUCAUUUCAUUAAUUCACGUCCCUUAUUUUCUAUUGUCCAAACUGCCUUUGUGACUUAGAUAU